AAACAAAGCUAGCGAGAGCUCUUGAAAAUUAUUUUUUUUUGUAAAAUUAUAAAUAAAAUCAUAAAUACAAUUAUUAUAUUAAUAAAUUAAACCCUAUAAUUAAUCAAUAUGUCUAUUGAAAUCGAAUCGGCUGACGUUAUCCGCCUGAUCCAACAGUAUCUUAAGGAAUCAAAUUUGUAUAAGACUUUACAAACAUUGCAAGAAGAAACGGGAGUUUCUUUAAAUACUGUCGACAGUGUGGAUGGUUUUGUGCAGGACAUAACAAAUGGACAUUGGGAUACGGUGUUGAAAGUGACACAAAGUCUUAAGCUGCCGGAUAAAAAGCUAUUGAAUUUGUAUGAACAAAUUGUUUUGGAAUUAAUUGAAUUGAGGGAGUUGGGUGCAGCACGUUCGCUUCUGAGACAGACAGAUCCUAUGAUAAUGUUAAAACAACAUGAACCCGAGCGAUAUAUACACUUGGAAAAUAUGUUACAGCGAGCAUAUUUCGACCCCAGAGAGGCAUAUCCCGAAAGCAGCAGCAAAGAAAAACGCCGUGCUAUUAUAGCUCAAGAAUUAAGUGGCGAAGUACAUGUUGUACCCUCGUCACGUCUGUUGGCUCUACUCGGACAAGCUCUAAAAUGGCAACAGCAUCAGGGUCUUUUACCACCCGGCACCACCAUUGAUUUGUUCCGCGGUAAAGCUGCCAUGAAAGAUCAGGAAGAGGAAAUGUAUCCGACACAAAUGUAUCGUCAAAUCAAAUUUGGACAAAAAUCUCAUGUGGAAUGUGCACAAUUCUCACCAGAUGGCCAAUAUUUAAUAACCGGCAGUGUCGAUGGUUUCCUAGAAGUCUGGAAUUUUACCACAGGCAAAAUCAGAAAGGAUUUAAAAUAUCAAGCUCAAGAUCAAUUCAUGAUGAUGGAACAGGCUGUAUUGGCAUUAGCGUUUUCUCGAGAUUCUGAAAUGGUGGCAUCUGGCUCCCAGGAUGGACAAAUUAAAGUUUGGCGUAUUAUGACGGGACAGUGUUUAAGAAAAUUCGAUAAAGCUCAUACAAAAGGUAUAACAUGUCUACAAUUUGCACGAGAUAACAGUCAAGUAUUGAGUGCCUCGUUUGAUCAUACUAUACAUUUGCAUGGUUUGAAGUCUGGCAAAAUGCUGAAGGAAUUUAAAGGACACACCUCAUUUGUUAAUGAAGUUACUUUCACACCAGAUGGUCAUAGUAUUUUAAGUGCUUCGUCCGAUGGUACCGUUAAGGUGUGGUCCUUAAAAACUACCGAAUGCCUGUCCACAUACAAACCAUUAGGUAAUGAAUUGGCUGUUAAUACUGUGCUUAUUUUACCAAAAAAUCCCGAACAUUUUAUUGUCUGCAAUCGUUCAAAUACCGUGGUAAUUAUGAAUAUGGCUGGUCAAAUUGUGAGAUCAUUCAGUUCUGGUAAAAGAGAAGGUGGUGCCUUCAUAGCAGCCACACUAUCACCAAGAGGAGAAUUUAUUUAUUGUGCCGGCGAGGAUCAAGUGCUGUACUGUUUCUCAGUAUCAUCGGGCAAAUUGGAAAGAACAUUGAAUGUACACGAAAAAGAUGUAAUUGGUUUAUCACAUCAUCCUCAUCAAAAUUUAUUGGCCACCUACAGUGAAGACGGUCUAUUAAAAUUAUGGAAACCAUAAGCAAACUUUAGGUAAUAAUAAAAAAUAUUUUAUUAUUUAUUAUAAGACAUUUUUAUCUGCCCUCUUAACUAUGACUGCAACUCUUUAAUGACGUCUGUCUGUAUAAUUCCCAUAGCAAUAUAUAUAGAAAGAAAAUGUAAAGUGAACCUACGUAAAAUCUUACAACAAA